AUGGUUGAUAAAUAUCUUGUAGACAAUAACAGAUCAGCUCUGCGCAGCUUAUUUUCUCACUACAUUAAUUAAUUAUUUAAAAGUUUAUCGUCUCUAUUCCAUAUCGCCAGUCAAGGGUCUUGUAUCUAGGGCCCGCAAGUUUCUUACCCAACCUGGUUUUGCCAGGAAAACUCCUUCACCAAUCUCAAUAUCACCUCCGAUGUUCAGAUCCUUAGACAGCUGCCCUUUCUGCUCGGUCUAACCAACUUGAGUCCGAUCGGCACUCUUAAGGUCCCAGUCUCGCCGCCUGAGAUUGGUAGCAUCCUUCCAAAAAUUAAAUUCCUAAGGACAGUAAUCCUCUGCUAGAAAAAAUAGGUUCUUAAUUCUCUGCCUUAGCUAGACUAAAUUCGCUUGGGAGCUAAACCUAAUAAUUACACAAUGUGUUAAAAGAAGAAUUUUCGGUUGAGAGAUCAGGAAAUUUGAGAGACCGUUUUUUAAUAUUAUUUUCUCAUUACACAUCUCCUCCUGCAGCGCAAUCUCUGUCAUAUAAUGAUUUGGUCAAUCUUUGUACAGCUAUAAAAAUUAUACCAGAUUUAAUGAGUUCAUAUGACUUGAAACGAGUGGUAAUGAAAACGAUGAGUGCCAAUUUGAAUCCUGAUAUCAAACUUCAAAUUUCUUAUUUAAAUUUUGAAAAAAUUUUGAAAGGGAUUGCUUUGGCGGCAUUUAAGUGCAAUUCUGAAGAUGAGAGUUUUUAUUUAUUGAUUAAUCAUAUUGAAAAGCCAUGCAAAAUACUGUAUAACAUUGAAUUUUCUUAUACUAGCUCUAAUAUUGCAAGAAAUCAUGAAAAUUCAAAAUCAUUUGUCUGUUUAUAUCAAAAGCAAGAAAUUGCGACUUCGUUUGUAAGUCCAGUUUUUAAUAAUAGCGCACAAAUGAAUGAUAUGAAAUCGCCACAUAGCAUUACACUUACUCCAUCAUUACAAUAAAAAUUAUUGUACUAUUUAAGAAUAAAUUCAAUUAUAGAAAAUAAUAAUGCUUAAAUAAUAAAUUAUUUAUCAAGAUAAAUGGGUUAGAAGAAAUCCUAAAUCAUUUACGAGAGAAUCACUAAAAAAAAUCCAAAGAAACCUAACUUCCAAUUUCACGAAUAUUAAAACAGAAGCAAACUCUCCAAGACAUGCCAAAAGCAGAAGCAAAAUUCAUUUACGAGAAAUGUAUUUGCCUCAGACCCCUUCUUACAAAUCACAUAGAACAAUGAGCAAUAACAGAUCAUCACUUGAAAAAAAUGAUCCAGACUAUUUGACCCCUCCUAUAAACGUUACAAUCCCUAGCAAAUCUGAGCUAAUUAAGAUUGAAAAACUAAAGUGCCUCUUAAACAAAUUCAAGCGUGAACAGAAACUUUCAAAAUCAACUCGUAAAAAUUCAAUGAAACAAAAAACUUGCAACUUUGUUACAAAACUGCAAGCACGAAGAUUUAAAGCUGUAAUUUAUAUGUAGAGAUUUGUCAUUAAAUUAUCGUUUGAAGUAUGGAAGUACUUUAAUUAAUUUAAAAUUUAUCUUCUUCUCGUUUAGUAUGUAUGUGCUCUGCUUGAGGGUUCCCCAUUCGCCAUAGUUUCGUGCACCACCUGGCUUCACCUCUAAAUAGUCCCUAAGCUUCAGGCCUUCGGUUUCCAACAGCCUCCCUUCAUGCUUGGUCUAGAAAACAAACUUAGAUCCGUCAGGCACCUAAUGGCCUCAGUCUCCACCGCCUGUUGUUGGUAUAUCUUUCCAGAAAAUUCGAUUUCUCUAAGGGACAGGAGUCCUAGGCUGCGCAUCGCAUGCGCUUGAAGCUCUGUCAUAUCUGGAAUAAAUUCGCUUGGAAAGCCAAACCUCACAAUCAUAAAAUGCAAAAAAAGAAUUUUCGGAAGGGAGAUCGGAAAAUUCGAGUAGCGUUAUUUUAUGAAUUAUAGAAGUGCAAAACCUUAAAAAUUGUAAAAUAA